AUGUCCACAGAAGACCAGCUUUCAACUCCACCGCCCUUUGACGGCGCCACAACACUGGACUUACAAGCCUCUGUCGCCAGCAAGAUUGCAUCAGUCAGCCUCUAUUCGUCGCGAGCGGAAAUAACACGCGUCUUCCGGCUUGCGGUCAAAACAGGCCUGAAUCAAGUCAACAUCUCGGGCUUGCCAACUGUUCUCGAGCCGGAGUCACUCAGAAUUGAGGGCCAAGGCUCAGUUGUCAUACAAGAUGUGUCCAUUACCACUGCGAAGCAAGAACGCCAACAACGCCGCGAUGGCUCACGUAGUACCUCGGCCGCCCCUACUCCGGAGCUCGAGGCGCUUUUUGCGAAACUUGCAUUGGCAGAGCAGGCGCGCCAGCGUGUGAAGACAUCCAUGACCGCAGUCCUGAACUAUAUCAACACCCUCAAUGUCAAGGAUAUCGGUGCAUCGAAACUAUCCGAGGUGGUUGGGGAAUACGAUAAGACGACCGAAAAGCUGGAAGCCCGAAAGACAGAGCUGGAGUCGCAGAUUCAAGUGCUCGAUGCCGAAAUCCUCCACGAGACCGAGAAGGUUGACCUUGCCAAUAAAGGCAAAGGUGUGGAAGCGCAGCUACAAAAGCGGGUUUCUCUCGGCGUCUUUGCGGAGAGUGAGGGCGAGGUCGAAAUUUCUCUGAUCUACGCCGUACCACGCGCAACUUGGAAGGCCAUAUAUGAUCUCCGUGUUGAUAUGUCUGCAAAGGAGCAAGCAAUGACACUUGUCUACAAAGCGGAGGUCCAGCAAGACACGGGAGAGUCCUGGAACGACGCUCUUCUGACUUUGGAGACUACUACACCUACAUUUGGAGUCAAUAUUCCGGAACUUGGACCUUGGCACCUACAGGUUCAUCAUCCACGGCCUCCAUAUCAGCCUACACCCAUAGUACCAGCAAGCUAUGCUGGUAUUCCGGUCAUGUUCCAACGAGCACCGGCACCCGUCAUAAUCCAAGCAGAUCGCUCGCGCGAAUACUCGCGCUCCAGGUCUCGAUCUAGUAGUCCCCUUUCUCGUCGGCGUCGGCGGUCGCGGUCGCGGUCGCCACAAGCCAUCCGAUUUCCUACGGCCCAGGUAACGUCCAAAGGGAACGUGAGCGCGACUUUUCGAGUUCCGGGCACUGUCACCAUUCCUAGCGAUGGCGAGCUUCAUAGCUUUACGAUUGUUAAGCUGGCCUUGGAGGCGGAAUUGGAAUGGGUAUGUGUUCCGAAAGUGGAUACCCGGGCCCAUAUUACUGCAAAGAUUGUUAACAACUCUGAGUAUAUGCUGCUUGACGGAAUGGCGAACAUGUAUCUGGACGGCAGUUUCGUCGCCCGAUCUCGGAUUCCCUCCGUCAGCCCUCAAGAAACCUUCAAGUGUCCCCUUGGUGUCGAUGCUUCCUUACGUAUAACCUACCACCCAGUCCUCAAGAAAAAAUCGCAAUCUGGAUUCUACACCAAAUCCGCGAACCACGUUUUCACUCAGCGAAUCUCGGUCCAUAAUACCAAACGCGCGAUUAUUCCACGACUCAAAAUCAUCGACCAGAUUCCCACAUCAAGAGAUUCUCGAAUCGAAGUCAAGUUGGUGAACCCCGCGCUCAAGGUCCCUGAAAUACAACAGACCGCACCCACGAAUACUGCUUCGACUGACAAACGUAGCAGUGGGAGUAGCAGCACUCUUCUCGGGAGUGUCGCAGGGAAAUCGAAGGCGAUUGCCGGCAUCUCGAUCCCUGGCAGUAGCAACUCCAACUCGGUGCCAACCAAGCUACAGCGAAUAGAAGUCACCCGUGGUAUUGUGGCACAAUGGGAUGGCGCGGAUGAUCCCGAGCGGGUUGCGGCCGGAGAGACGUUGGGUCUAGAUCGCAAGCUGAAUUGGAUCUGUUCUGUCCCACCCCAAGAGAAGAUUAACUUGCAGUUGGAUUGGGAGGUGGUGUCUCCGGCAGAUGUCGAAGUGAUGGGGUUAUGA